AUGGUGCAGUUCGGACGCAAUCCGAAUCCAGGAACAAUCCUCCAAGCAGGUAGCUUCCUCGCCGAAGAGCUUCCCAUCAGACUGGCACAUCGUGUCAAGGAGCUCGACGAAUUGCCACAUGAUCUCUCCAAGAUGCCCUCCAUCGUCAAGGUCAAGAACUGGUACGCGCAGUCGUUUGAGGAGCUCGUCAACUUUCCCAAGCCUAGACUUUCCGAUUCGGUACAGAAGCUGCUGCAGACCUCCUCAAAAGCGUUAGAGCCGCUCCCCGAAUCCAAGCCGAAUCCAAGCCUGCUAGAAUCGGCCACCAUCACCGACAGCGACGCCGGGCUCGCAAAGGCGCUCGUGCCCAACAAAGCAAACGGCAAGAACGGCGGGGGCUCAAGAUCACGCGCGCUCCUCGAACACCGAUACUAUGCAAAUCUGCCAGACCACCAGUGGCCCAGCGAGAUUGAGCAGUACAACGAGGACUUCACAAAGGCGCUCGAGAAGAUCAAGAAGAGGCACGACGCCGUCGUCACCACCAUCGCCCAGGGUGUGCUCGAAUACAAGCGCUCAAGAAAGCGCAACACGGUACAGGCCGAUGUCCAGUCCUUCUUGGAUCGCUUCUACCUCUCACGUAUCGGCAUCCGCAUCCUCAUUGGUCAACACAUCGCCCUCAGUCGUUCGUCACAGCAACCUGCCUCGAAGCUCAUCGGCAGCGGCAGCAGCAGCAGCAAUAGCGGCGACUAUUCGCUCUCGGACCAGAUCGCGCGCGUCAAGGUGGAUGGCAACCAGGAGCACGAGCAGUACGUCGGCAUCAUCUGCACCAACACCAACGUCGGCGCCAUGGCGCACGAGGCCAUCGAGAAUGCGCGCUUUGUCUGCGAGGAGCACUACGGCCUGUUCAAGGGUCCUCCCGUGCAGCUCGUGUGCCCAUCAGAUCUGACGUUCAUGUACGUGCCAAGCCACUUGAACCACAUGCUCUUCGAGCUGCUCAAGAACUCGCUUCGAGCCGUGGUGGAGCGGUACGGCGUAGAUCAGGAGGACAACUUCCCACCGAUCAAGGUGAUCGUCGUCGAGGGCAAGGAGGACAUCACCAUCAAGAUCAGCGAUGAGGGUGGAGGAAUCCCGCGAAGCGAGAUGCCGCUGGUGUGGACCUACAUGUACACCACGGCGCAGUCGGAAGAUUUGGAUCCCGAGUUCAACGCCUCCGAUUUCAAAGCGCCCAUGGCAGGUUUCGGGUACGGUCUGCCGCUCGCAAGACUGUACGCACGCUACUUUGGCGGAGACCUCAAGCUCAUCUCGAUGGAAGGGUACGGCACGGAUGUGUACGUCCACUUGAAUCGUCUUUCGUCGAGCAGCGAGCCGCUUCCGUAG